AUGCUCUUCAACAAGUCCACUUACGUUUCUUUCAUUCUUGCAGCUUUAGCGCUCGUAAGUACAGUUUCGAGUUUACCUGCCUCGUCUGUUCCAGAGAAAAGAUUAUUAUGGGACAACCCAGACUCAAAUGGAGCCUUGAAAAGACGUGUAGUUGCUGAUAGCGGAAGCGCAGAUCUUUGGCCAAAGCCAAAGCCAUCUAAGAGAGGAGGUCUUCCAUCUGAUGAUAGCGGAAGUGUAGGUACUUGGCCAAAGCCAAAGUCAUCUAAGAGAGGUGUUCCAUCAACUGACUCUCCAAGCGCAGGAAUGUGGGAACCAACAAAUGACAAAAGGUAA